AACACUGUAAAGCCGGAAGUACAGAAGAAUCUGCUGUCCUGCUUCAUUCAAGGGUUGCGCUAACAUAAAAUUCUCGACAUCGACAGUCACCACACAUAUAAAGUCCGAGGAACCAGAUCGCUUAUUUGUUUACCGUUUAAAGUACAGUUUAGUUUCGUAAUAACUCAACAUGGAGAAAGGCCAGGAGAGCACAGGAGACAGUAGUCUGGACCAGGCUAUCCAACAGUGGCUCCAGUAUGACAAGAAUCCACAGACAGCGGCAGCCGUGCGGACCAUGGUCAAAGAGGGAGCCGUGUCGGAGCUUCAGAAAUGUUUCGGGUGCCGUAUGGAGUUCGGCACAGCGGGACUGAGAGCCGCUAUGGGACCUGGAGUCUCGUGCAUGAACGAUCUUACCAUCAUACAGACCACACAGGGUUUCUGUCGGUACCUCGAGCAGUGUUUCACAGAUCUAAAGAAAAGAGGGGUGGUGAUCGGGUUCGAUGCUCGUGCUCACCCGUCCAGCGGUGGCAGCAGUAAAAGAUUUUCCUCCCUCGCUGCAGCAGUGUUUAUCAGCCGAGGUGUUCCGGUCUACCUCUUCAGUGACAUCACGCCCACUCCAUAUGUGCCAUACACCGUAUCGCAUUUAGGACUUUGUGCGGGUGUCAUGGUAACAGCUUCCCAUAACCCCAAACAAGACAAUGGAUACAAGGUGUACUGGGCGAAUGGUGCUCAGAUCAUUCCUCCCCACGAUAAGGGCAUCGCUGCAGCUAUAGAAGAGAAUCUAGAGCCGUGGCCUGAAUCAUGGGAUACAGAUAGCGCUCUUAAGAGUUCGCUUCUUAAAGAUCCAUACCAAGAGAUACACAGAGAAUACUGCAGAAGCAUACAACAGCACUGCUUUCACAGAGAGCUGAAUAAAAAAUCUGAAGUAAAGAUUGUCCACACAUCAGUUCACGGGGUGGGGCAUAUUUUUGUCCAGGCUGCUUUUAAAGCUUUUGACCUUCAACCUCCCUAUGCUGUGGAAGAGCAGAAAGAUCCUGACCCAGAGUUCCCCACUGUCAAAUACCCCAACCCUGAGGAAGGAGAAGGAGUUUUGACGCUGUCAUUCACACUUGCAGAUAAAAAAGGGGCGACUGUAAUUCUGGCAAAUGACCCUGAUGCUGACCGACUAGCUGUUGCAGAGAAGCAAAAGAGUGGGAAGUGGAAAGUGUUCUCUGGUAAUGAGUUGGGUGCUCUGCUCGGCUGGUGGAUUUUUCACUGUUGGAAGCAGCAGAAAGUCGAGGGAAAGGCUUCUAUUAAAGAUGUCUACAUGCUAUCCAGCACCGUGUCCUCUAAAAUACUUCGAGCCAUUGCUGUAAAAGAGGGCUUUCACUUUGAGGAGACUCUAACUGGCUUUAAAUGGAUGGGAAACAGAGCCAGAGAGCUAAUGGAUCAGGGAAAGACGGUUCUGUUCGCCUUUGAAGAAGCCAUUGGUUACAUGUGCUGCCCUGCAGUUUUAGACAAAGAUGGCGUGAGCGCGGCCGCCAUCGCUGGCGAGUUCACCUCUUACCUGGCUUCUAAAAACAUAACACUUUCCCAGCAACUCACCUCUAUUUAUGAGGAGUACGGCUACCACAUAACCAAGAAUUCCUAUUUCAUCUGUCACGACCAAGAAACCAUUAAGCAGUUGUUUGAACGUCUUCGAAACUACAGCGGGGAGAAUUCCUACCCUAAGGAGUGUGGAAGCUUUACUGUGACUGCUGUGCGAGACCUCACCACUGGAUAUGACAGCAACCAAUCAGACCACAAGGCUGUUUUGCCAACCAGCAAGAGCAGUCAGAUGAUCACCUUCACAUUUGCUAAUGCGGGCGUAGCCACAAUGAGGACCAGUGGCACAGAGCCCAAAAUCAAAUAUUACACUGAACUCUGUGCUGCACCAGGAAACAGUGAUCUUAACCAGCUGAAGACUGAAUUGGACGACCUGGUCGAUGCCAUUGUGGAGCACUUCUUCCAACCCCAGAAAAACAGCCUGACUCCUCGACCAGAGUGAUGAGAACUACAGCACAGAAUUACAAAUAAACACUUAACAUUCUAAUACGGCUCUAACAUCCCACUCUUAACUAUCUUAUUAUGGAUAUACUGUAUGUACAUCAAUAUGAAGGAAGUUUGAUGUACUAUUUCUUUUGAUAUAAUCUAGACCAAAACUGUUGCCACAUACUGUAAACCUUACAGUUGCCUUUAUCACCUUUGAACAUACUAUGGAUAAAAUAGCAUUACGUUUUUUUUUACUUUUCUCAGUGUUCUGAACCACAAUACUUUUGGAUACAAAAAUGGGAGAUUAUAUUUCAUUUGCCUUUUUGGAUCUAGUGAACUGUGAAUGUAUAGUUGUUCCAAAAAUUGCAAAUUAACAGAUUAAUGUUGAUUUCUAAAAAUUAUUUAUGAUUUAUUUUAACCAAAUAACCAGACAUCAUGUGGUAUUCAAGAGAGAACAUCUGAUGUGCAUUAUUAAUACCAACCGUCAGAAAGGUUUUGAUUUAAAAGAUAUUAGAUGGAUCCGAGUUGACAAUAGUUUUGUGCAGAGCUGGAUUGCGAGAAUGCUGUUUUAUGUUAAUGUUAUGAGUGCUGUUACAGAUCUGUAACUAUUAUUUUAACGUGACACGUUAUCAUAAAAACAUAACUGCCUUACUGUGCAUAAAGCUUAUAUCUGCUCACAAGUUUGGCCGGUUGAAAUGAUUACAUAGAACCCCAUAAUCCGUCUGUUCAUUGACCUGUAAUUUGGCGAAUGUGAUUUUUUUUCUAUUUUGAAUUUCUAACCAAAUCAUUUAGUUUGUUAUUUUAAUUCCCAUUCAAGAACGUUUCUGGUAUUAUGAAGCAGAGUUAACGGGUGCAGAAUGUCUUGAAAAGUCCUUUAACAAAGAUGAAUAUGACCAAUUAGCUUUCAUGUAGCCUAUGUUAGAAUAAAGCAGUUGAUGAUU